UAUCGUUAUCGUUGUUUGAACUUUGAAGAACGUACAGGUAAAUCAAUCGCGAGUUCAUUUUUCUGUCCGUUUCUCUUCAUUUUAGGGGGGAAAAAGUGAACUUGGAAGAAAUAAAUUCAUUUCAUCUCCACAUUAAACUUCGAAACGAGGGAAGGGUUCGAUCCCGAUCUCAGCCACAUUGUCUUCUGCUCUCUUUCUCUCUCUAUCACCUUCGCAGAUCCGAAUCUCAGAUAAUUGUUAAGCUCAAGAACUGAAAAAUUUCAGUGACCUCCACGAAAGAUUGUAUGGGCACAGAUAGUAGUGAUUGGCAUUUGGCACUAAACUAUGACCAGUGGGUAGCACUAUCUGUAUCUGGUCCACGACCCCCGGCUCGCUAUAAGCAUGCUGCAAGCUUGGUUGAUGAAAAACUUUACAUCACUGGUGGAAGUCGUAACGGACGGUACCUAUCUGAUGUUCAGGUUUUUGAUCUUAGAAAUUUGGCAUGGUCUACUCUAAAACUGAACAUGGAACCAAAAGCUGAUAAAACUACUGAUGGUAGUUCCCUGGAAGUUCUUCCAGCCUCUUCAGGCCACAGAAUGAUUAAGUGGAAAAACAAACUUCUUCUUCUUGGUGGUCAUUCAAAGGAUAAUUUUGACAGCUUGAAAGUGCGAUUCAUUGAUUUGGAAUCAUACCACUGCGGUGUUAUGGAGACCUCUGGAAAAGUUCCGGUGGCUCGCGGUGGCCAGUCUGUAACACUGGUCGGCUCUAAAAUAAUAAUGUUUGGUGGAGAAGACAGUCAGAGGCGACUGCUGAAUGAUGUCCAUGUUCUUGAUCUGGAGACAAUGAUUUGGUGUGCGUUGGAGACGGUGCAGACACCUCCAGUUCCCAGAUUUGAUCACAUAGCUGCUGUGCAUGCAGAACGCUACCUUUUAAUUUUUGGCGGUUGUUCUCAUUCAAUCUUUUUCAAUGAUCUUCAUGUACUGGACUUGCAGACUAUGGACUGGACCCAACCACAAAUUCAGGGUGAUUUGGUCACUGCUAGGGCAGGUCAUGCUGGUAUCGCCAUUGAUGAAAACUGGUACAUAGUUGGCGGUGGGGAUAAUAGAAGUGGUGCACCAGAAACUCUCGUGUUAAAUAUGUCUAAGCUUGCUCUGACUGUGUUGACAAGUGUAAAGGGAAGAGAUCCACUUGCCAGUGAGGGACUCAGUGUUUCCUCAGCAUCAUUGGAUGGAGAGAAGCUUUUGGUUGCCUUUGGUGGCUACAAUGGGAAGUAUAAUAAUGAGGUUUUUGUUAUGAGACCCAAACCAAGAGAUUCUUUGCAUCCCAAAAUAUUCGAGUCAGCUGCAGCUGCAGCUGCAGCAGCUUCUGUUACUGCUGCAUAUGCCCUAACCAAAUCUGGAAAGCUAGACUUCAUUAAAACAGAAGAAUCAAACUUUAAGGUAGUCCAAAAUGAUGGCUCCCAACAGGACUUUUCGCUUGAGAUCAAUGCAAUUAGAGAAGAAAACAAGGUGUUGGAGUCAUCACUUGCAGAAGUCAGAGCAGAGAAUUCUAGUCUCAAGGGAAAGAUUGAGGAAACUUCUAGUACCUACACUGAGUUGUCCAAGGAACUCCAUUCGGUCCAAGGUCAACUGGUAGCUGAGAGAUCAAGAUGCUCCAAACUGGAGGCACAGAUCACCGAAUUACAGAGGAUGCUGGAAUCCUUGCAGUCUAUAGAGGAAGAGGUUCAAGUACUUCGAAGACAAAAAUCUGCAUUGGAACAUGAUAUGGAGCCAGACGCAGCUGUCCAGAGACAAAGUUCUGGUGGUGUCUGGAGGUGGAUAGCUGGAUAGGCGGUACAUGCAACCCAUUAAAGUUGGAGGUCAAUACCUCAAAAAUUAAAAGUGUUACUCAAUAAAACUGAAAAGUUGUCAGGGACCAUAGUUGUCCCAAGGCACCAGGGUUUUGAUCUUUAGCUCAUGCAGAAUGUACCAAUGGCUAUCAGAAUCUUGGCUGUUAUGUUUGUGAUUGGCAUGCAUGAGUGAGUCCUAAAUGUCUGCUGAACUAUUAUGAGAAUUCCAUGAGAAAAAAGACUAAAUUUAAACAAGAUUCUUGAAUUUCUUUCAGUUGUUUCUCUGUACUUUGUUUGGAAUACCCCAGUUAUUUGCAUGGUAUAACUUUAAUUCUUAAAUUUUCUUUUGUUGUUAUGUAAUUGUUUUGUUUUUUUAAUUAUUGUCACUCAUUGUACUCUGAUUCUAUUGGAUCAUUUGGUGAUUAAUAAUAACAAUUGAUUUUUUGUA